AUGGGGAACUCGAUAUCAUGCUUUCCCGCUGACCACCCAGCUGGAAGGAAAGUUCUCGUAUUCAAAGAAAAUGGUGAAUCGAUCAGAGUCAAGGAAGGCACACUCGUCAAAGAUGUUUUAACGGCUCAUCGUUAUCACAAGGUAAUACGAUGCUGCGCGGACAGAUCGGUCCUGCCGGGUUCCUAUCGGCUGAGCAGUAAUCAGCUUUACUUUCUAUUGCCUGAGGGGUUAGACGUGUGUGACACAACCUAUAGGAGUCUAAUAAGGACAACGGUACUGUCCGACGAGACAAUACUCUCAAAGGUGAUCGAUAAAGCCACUAAUCAGAAGAUACCAUCGGAGGUCGGUAUCAUUGACGGGGAAGUUGUGGACAUGGUUGUCUCUUUUGAUGAUGAUCCAGGGCAUAAGAAAUCGGCUUGGAGACCAGCAUUACAGACCAUACCUGAGGUUCUUUCUCCAGCGGUUCAUGCAGAUGGAUGA